UUGUAAACAUGGCGCUAUCCAAGUACACUUCUAACGCGACCGGAAUUCCAAAAUGGCAAAUUGCUCUCGCCGUAGGAGGAACUGUGGCUGCAACAGCUGGUAUAUAUUACUUCUUGAUCAGAGAUUCCAGUAAAAAGGGAUCCCAGACCAAGACACAGUCGAAAAAAUCUAGAGAUUCGACUGUAAGUGGUGGGUCUCCCGCGAACGAAGCAGAAUCCGCAGGAAAGGCAGACGAUGCCGCGAACUUGACACCACUGGAGAAGGCUCAAGCAUGCAAGAACAAAGGCAAUAAAUACUUCAAAGGCGGGAAGUUUUCUGAGGCUAUCAAUUGUUAUGACCAAGCCAUAGAGAUGUGUCCACCUGAAAACACUGUUGACUUGUCAACCUUCUACCAGAACAGGGCAGCUGCAUAUGAACAACAA